UGAAUCCUACCUCUAUGGAGCCAAAUCUUAAGCUUAACCCAAAUGCUGGUGGAAACCACCGAAAAUCUCUUACCGAAAAUCUCAAUGAAAGUCUUAAACGAUUGGGCACUGGAUAUAUUGAUCUUAUGUAUGUUCAUGUUUGGGAUUUUCGUACUCCAGUUGAAGAAGUGAUGCGUUCUUUAGAUGAUGUAAUUAGAAGUGGCAAGGUACUCUAUGUCGCGAUUAGUGAUUCACCAGCAUGGGUGAUUAGUAGUGCAAAUAUGUUGGCUGAUUUACGUGGUUGGAGUCGAUUUAUUGGAUUGCAAACUCGAUACAAUUUAUUAGAUCGAUCUUUGGAAUUUGAUCUACAACCUGCUUGUGCUGAAUAUAAUGUUGGAAUUAUUCCUUGGGGAUCUGUUGCUGAAGGAUUUUUAACUGGAAAAUACACUAGGGAAUCAGUUGCCGAAAAGGUUAGUGAGAUGAGCAGCUUCAGAAGCCACGCAAUUGCUAAUGCAGCAAAAAAAGAACAAAAUUGGAAAAUCCUUGAUGAAGUUAUAGCUAUUGCUGCUGAAACCAAAAGAAGUCCUGUCCAGGUCGCUUUGAAUUGGAUAUCACAAAAACCUGGUAUUACCUCGCCUCUUAUCGGUGCUAGAACAAAAGCUCAAUUAGUUGAAAACCUUAGUACUCUUGAAUUCAAACUUACGUCUGAACAAAUGGCAAGGUUAGAUGCUGUUUCUGCACCAAAGGAUAUACCAUUUCCACUGUCUCAAUAUCAAAAUUCAGAUUUAUUUUUUGGUAAAGGAAUACAACUUCCUGACAAAUAUAAGCCUGUAUUGAAUUUGAAGAC